AUGGGUAGGUUUCACAACAUGUACAUUGACACCACUCCUAAAUUCACCACUAUUGCCUUCAGAAUGUCGAUCAAGCGGUGCCCCGCUCCGAUCACCUCCCUCUCUCCCAAUGAAGAGAAUAUCUUCGUUGUCUCCCUCUCCAUCUCCCUCUUUGUCCUGAGAUCCUUCCACUAUGAAACCAAUCGUAACCAAAUCCGAAAAUCAAAGAUUUCCCGUCACCGAAAGCGAAAUCUCGUGGGCCGGAACCAAGGCCAGAUCAAGCGGCUUCGAUUUCGAGAUUUCAGGCCAAAAAACUCUGUCAUGGUACAGGGUAAGAUCCCGGAGCCAAGCGAGGAGCUGAGACCGCCCUUGACGAAUUUGGUUCAGGGUCCCACGGAUCUGUUGGGUCUCGACCCGGACAAGGUCCAGAAGCAUUUUCAUCUCUUCUUUCUUCUCCAUUCAUGUUGCAUUUUUGAGGAAUUUUGCUGUCUAGACUGGUUGGUUGAUUUGGUGAGUGCGGUAUUAGAAAGUGAAUAGUAAGGAGUAAUAUAG